GACUUACUUCUUGAUAUUUGACAGUAUUUGAUGGCAUCAGUGUGGUCCUGGACCAGCCGCGUUUGGAGUACCCUCACAUUCGACUGGGUAUCCAUCGAGUCGUGCUGGGCCGGUGAGCCCAAUACGGCGCCCGAUCUCCCGCAGAAAAUUCUCGGUCGCCACUCUCGUGGGGGCGUCACUUUCGACCUACGCGGCCUCGCAUGGGAAUUCCGUCUGGAGCUCAUCCAAAUCUUCGUCAUCGAGCUUACACUUCACUGCAUGAACCUGCAGUCGAUCAUCUACCUCCAGACACUGUUGUCGCUGACUGAAGAGCCCUCAACAGCUGAUUUGGUUUUUCUGUCGGCCAACGUAGCCUUGUGGCUCUUGAGAGCUCAUGCUAGCUACUGGAUCUCCUGUGUAAAGGCCCAUAUACGAACUACGCUCAUCUACACCGUGCAUUGCACCAGCAUCGGCUUGGCCGCAGACACCGCUCGAGGGCAGUCUAUUCCGAAUCUUAUGUUCAGCGACACUGCGGACGCUGUUGAUGGUCUCGUCGCGUUGGUAGCUGCCUGGCGUCUACCCAUCGAGUUUUCCAGCUCGCUUUACGUGUUAUGGACGAACCUCACUUACGGGGUCAUUCCGUGUCUGCUGAUGAUAGUCGUGCUACGUAGUGCUGCACUUGCUCUUUCUAUCGUGGAUGGCAGCGAGCGCAGGGCCUGGCAGGCUCGCAGAGAUGAGCGCAUCAACUUGUGUGAAGAAGCUUUCACUCCUCCGGCUUGUGGCACUCUGGCUCGACUGGGGUGGACCAGAAUUUGGGUUCAACUUAUUCUGCGAAGUAGAGAGAGGGAGCUCACCCUCCUUGGUAGGCGCGAGUGGAUGCGCAAAAUUCGUGAAGGCGUCGACUAUGCGCAGCCUCUGAUGGUCCAGUUCGUAGCGGCCCUGGUUAUGAUCACUACAACGUCAGUCGAGCCCGCCGCAGUGGUUCCUAUGUCGCUGAUGCUGGGCAACGUAGCGGCUCCUAUGAAUCAGUUCCCUGGGGUGAUACUGAGCUUGUUGGAAUGCCGAAGUGCCCUACAGCGGCUUCACUCAUUCUCUGUGUUGGUUCCUGUCCGAGCAUGUGCACAGGACAAACCCGAGUUCACGCUUGAUCCGAGAUUUGAAGGGCGCGUCGUUGUCAUUGAUGUGAAGAAUGGCGCCACUCUUGCAACAAGGCUCCUAGCCUCGUCGACUAACACAGUAGCUGUCCGACAGACUCCGCAGCUUUUGAUCGGUUGUGGUGAUACUGUGCGAGACAAUAUUGUUUUUGGAUUGAAAAGAGACGAUGCUCGUCUUGAUAGCGCAAUGCGACUGGCAUGCUUGAGGGACUUGCCUGUGUCGAAGAAGGUCGAGACCCUGUCGAUGGGACAGGGGGCGAGAGUGGGUUUGGCUAGAGCUUACUAUCGUAUCCUCUCUGGAGAGACUAGGAGUACCGUCCUUGUCCUAGAGGAACCUUGUAUCUCCCUGGACUCGAGGACGUCGACUAUGGUGAUUGCCAAUUUAGUCGAACUGUUGAAGCACACUACGUCAAUCGUAGUGUCGACAGACCAUGCCGAAGCCUUGGUAUCAAACUUGCCUCGAGAGGUUGUUUUCGUCGCUAGUGACCGCCCUAGAACCUCAGGUCAGGAGUCGUAUAGAGUUGAUUCAGUGGCGCCUAUUGGUAACGCUGUGAACGACUCGGUGCCUGAGUGGGAGAAAGAGUAUAAUUCACAAUGUCACAGUCGAUGUGUGCCGUUAGACAUCUAUCUAACGUUUCUGGCUUAUGUUGGUAACGGUUACACUUAUUUGAUCAUGGUGCUCAUCGCUGGGAUUAUGGCCACUCAACACUUUCUGGAAGUGUUCUUCUCCAGAGUAGCGAACGGAGAGCGAGAACUCCUAUGGAGUUAUGCAGCUUUCCUUACGGUCUUUCUCAUGUGUAACUUUGGAGCAUUCCAAGCUGAGGUUUCUGGCGGGCUCCGUGGAGCUAAUAAACUUUUCGCUGAGUUUGUCUCUAAUCUGCCACAAUAUGCCUUUUCUCUGGACGCUGUUGAGGGUCCCGAUACUCUAAGUCGGCUCACCUCAGACGUCAAUGUGGUCGAUCAUACUUUGACCCGUACUCUUGGUGUCUUGUGGGGAGCUGUAUUAUACCUUCUUUUUAAAGCUGCUUUCAUGGUAUGGACGUCACAGAACUGGCGGGUGACCAUGUCUAUGAUUUUGCUAGUAUGCUUAGCAUUCGAGAUGAUAGCAGCAGGCCCAUUUCGUCCAGCCAACCGCGGGGUUCAUCGGAGGGCUGCGGCCGCCCUGGCGCCAGUGAUGGCCGCGGCCCACGGCAGUUUCGAGGUCCGCGACACUAUUCGGUCGUAUAACGCAGCAUCGUGGGUCGCUGACCAGUUCUUGGUGAAUGCUACAGAAAGUGCGAGAUGGCAGUUGCUUGAGGAUGCGUGUCGAUGUUGGCUCUCUUUGCGUCUGGAGAUCAUCGGAUUCUUCCUCACUGUCCAAGCUACCUUCGGAAGGCGGACUGAGGACCCAAUACUCGCUGGCAUGUGGAUCACCACUGCUCGAGCUGUCUCUGGUAUCGUACAACAACUUAUACACAACUGUGCAGAUAUUGAGCGUGAUUUCGUUUCCGUGCAAAGGCUUGCUGAUGAUCCUUUCCCUGGUCAACAGGAAGUUAGACCGGUGCAAGAAGAGAAGAUCUCUGGUGGCACGAUCGUGAUACGGAAAGCGACAAUUGGGUAUGGUGAUACCAUCAUCCUCGAGGGUGUCAAUCUGGUCGUAAAUACUUCUGAGAAGUUAGCUCUGGUGGGGCCCUCAGGGGCUGGUAAGACCACUUUACUGAACACAAUACUAGGCGCGACCAGAGUGUUUAAUGGAAGCGUCUGCAUCUGUGGCGUGAGCCCUCGUCAAGCCAACAGCAGUCUAGUUGUUCAAUGCGUACCUCAUUCUCCUGUUCUUUUCCGAGGAUCAUUACGCCAGAACCUCGAUCCCGAAGAAUUGUUGGUCGACAACCUCCUGUACGAUGCAUUGGUUGCUGUUGGUUUGCCGGAACUGGCACCCAAAAGUUUAGAGUGCGAGGCAUCCGACUUCGUGAGGACUACGGGUGAUCGUAUACGUCUCUGUCUUGCACGAGUUGUCCUGGCCCGGAGAAUCGGUCAAUUGCGAGUGAUACUGCUCGAUGAGUGCGCUGGAGUUUUCCCGGAUGAGUCUGCGAAGAGGUUUGUUGGAACUUGUCUGAGAUUGUUUGAGGAACAAACUGUUAUUAUGACGACUCAUCGCCGAUUCUUAAUGACUCUCUUCGAUAGAACUGUGAUGGUUGAAUAA